AUGUCGGUGGCGCGACCCGUCCGCGUUCACUUCGCGGUCGACGUCGAAAACUUGCUCGCGCAUCAGUCGGUGUACGUCGUUGGAUCGUCGGAUGUGCUCGGCACUUGGGAAGCCAAACGGGCGAUGCCGCUCGUCCAAGACCCCGAAAGAACCAUGCGUUGGAAGGGAUCAAUCAUGAGCGAAUACGAUCAGCUCAAAUUCCGUUAUUUUAUCGGAUACAAUUUGAUGUCCGAUUCAGGAGAGAAGCUUAUCGUUGAUAAAUGGGAAGCUUUCCUUCAUCCUCGCUCAACUCUCUGCUCUGCCGAAAGCCGUAAUGGCGAGUGUCGUGUCGAUCGUGUCGACUUAUUCGGAUACUAUGCUGGACGGAAAUGUGUUUCUGAUGGUUGGCUUCAACACCCCGAUGAAAAUCAAAUUCUUCUGAGACUUCAUGGAAAUGCUUUGAAGUUCUAUAAAACUGCGAAGGAGCGCAAGAAUUGUCGCGUUAAAAUGACGCCAUUGGAUGUUCGUUUCAAAGCGCCUCCAAGUGGACACAUCAGCUUCAGUUACGGAGAAGACGAGGAAGACGAAGAUGAUGAUCAAACGGCCCCAUCUAACAAGUGUACUCAUUCGGUUACUCAUGUCGCUGUUCUCUCGGAUCCUCGUCCAAAGUUCUACGAUCAAGAAGAAACUGGAGUCGUCUUCAACAACAAUAAAGACUAUCUGGUGUUCAGAACUCACUGUUUGGCUGCCGAAUUUCUAGCCUUCUACAUUGAAAUAUUCUCGGAAGAAAGAAAACGCAUUGGUGCUUGUUACGCACUUCCUUCUGCUCUUCAAGACGCUUCCGGUAUAAUUCACUUGCCAUUUAUCAACUCUUCUGGUCGUCCCAUUGGACAAGUUUCCAUUGAAUACUUAUGUGUUCGUGCUUUGAAAGGAUUCGAGGAACCACAACUUAUGGAUCAAACUUUCUGUCGUCAUUGGAAGAAGAGAAACAAUGCGUUGGAAGUUGGUCACCGUGGUGCUGGUAACUCAUACACCAAGUUCGCAAUGGCAAGAGAGAAUACAGUUCAUUCGUUGAACACUGCCGCAAAGAAUGGAGCAGAUUAUGUAGAGUUUGAUGUCCAAUUGACAAAGGAUCGUAUCGCAGUCAUCUAUCACGAUUUCCACGUGUUGGUAUCAGUCGCAAGAAGAGAUGGGCACGCACUCCCGCCACCAAUGACUCGCGCUCAAUUGGAUUCAUCAAAUCUCGAUUUCCAUGAACUUCCUGUUAAGGAUUUGAAGCUUUCCCAACUUAAACUGUUGAUGUUGGAUCAUUUGAGUUUCCCACAGAAGAAAGAAAACGUGAAGAAAUUAGUGGAGACUGGCGAGGAGGAAGAAGACUUCAAACCGUUCCCAACACUUGUUGAAGCUCUCACGAAAGUUGAUCCGGACGUAGGAUUCAAUGUUGAAGUCAAGUAUCCGAUGAUGCAGAAUAACGGAGAACACGAAUGCGAUCACUACUUCGAGCGCAAUCUCUUCGUUGACAUUAUUCUCGCUGAUGUUUUGAAACACGCCGCAAACCGAAGAAUCAUGUUCAGCAGUUUCGAUCCGGAUAUCUGCUCAAUGGUUGCCUCAAAACAAAAUAAAUAUCCAGUGUUGUUCCUUUGUGUCGGUGAAACUCAGAGAUACACUCCGUUCCAAGACCAGAGAACGAGUACGUCGAUGACGGCCGUGAAUUUCGCUGUUGGAGCUGAUCUUCUAGGUGUCAAUUUCAAUUCGGAAGACUUGCUCAAAGAUCCAAUGCCAGUCAAAAAAGCCAACGAAUUUGGGAUGGUUACUUUCGUUUGGGGAGAAGAUCUCGACAAGAAAGAAAACAUUAAUUAUUUCAAAAAGGAGCUCGGAGUCGAUGGAGUUAUCUACGAUCGAAUCGGAGAGGAGGAACGUCGCCGAAAUGUGUUCAUUGUCGAAAGAGAACAGAAGCGCGCGUUGCUCAGUUGCUCUGGAGCAAGCACUCCGCAAAGAGCUCCAUCUCCAUCGCCGGUUUCUUCGGAGAAUAACAAUUCGCCACCAUUGAGUGCGAAGUUGACUCGAAAUACUCAAUCUGAUUCAGCCCUGUUGGAGGAAAACGAAGAUGACGUGGAGGGCUUGACUGACAAGUUGACAAUUACCGGUUUCCAAUCUGCACCCAUGGUCUCUACGCAGUAA